GCUGCGCGGGGGGCCGGGGCAGCCCGACUGUUGCGGCGGGAGAGGAGCCCCACAGCCCUGCUGGCACGCGAAGGAAACGUUGCUUUCCUUUGUUCAUUAUCUCCUGCAAGAUGAUGAGUUCUAAUCAGGAGGAGGUCACUUUGGGAGCUUUUCUCCAGUAUAUUGAAGAUAUGGGGAUGAAGGCCUAUGAUGGCUUGGUUAUACAGAAUGCAUCAGACAUUGCUCGAGAGAAUGAUCGCAUGAGGAAUGAGACAAACCUGGCUUACUUGAAAGAAAAGAGUGAAAAACGCCGAAAACAAGAAGAAGCAAUAAAACGCAUAGGUGGAGAAGUAGCAAGAGGAAAUGAAGGAAGCUACGUGGGGAAACAUUUCCGCAUGGGAUUUAUGACAAUGCCUGCUCCUCAGGACAGACUGCCACAUCCUUGCUCCAGUGGCUUUACAGUGAGAUCCCAGUCUCUUCAUUCUGUUGGAGGAACUGAUGAUGAAAGUAGCAGCUCUCGUAAGCAGCCACCUCCAAAACCUAAGCGAGAUCCCAACACCAAACUGAGCACCUCUUCUGAAACAGUCAACACUGGAACAACAAGUAAAAGUGGGAAACUACCGGACAGGACUGAAGUGUCAGCCAAACCACGACCUCACAGCGAUGAAUACACAAAGAAGAUUCCACCUCCUAAGCCGAAACGAAAUCCAAAUACUCAGUUAAGCACAUCUUUUGAUGAAACGUAUAUCAAAAAGCAUGGCCCUAUGAAGACACUUACUAGGGAUGCCUCUUUGUCGCAGGUCAGCAGUCCUGCCCCAGACACUGAGGAAGAAGAGCCUGUUUAUAUUGAAAUGGUUGGGAAUAUUCUCAGAGACUUCAAAAAAGACGAGGAUGACCAAAGCGAAGCUGUCUAUGAGGAGAUGAAAUACCCUAUAUUUGAUGAUGUAGGCCAAGAUUCAAAAUGUCAAUGUGAAUAUGAUCAUCACACUUGUUCUUCUCAGUGUGCUACUCCCACAGUGCCUGACCUAGAUUUCACCAAGUCUUCAGUGCCAUCAACUCCCAAGGGCUUGCUUUGUGAUAUACCCCCACCAUUUCCAAAUCUGCUUUCUCACAGACCUCCACUGCUGGUGUUCCCACCAGCACCAGUGCAGUGUUCCCCAAAUUCUGACGAGUCUCCUCUAACUCCACUAGAGGUCACAAAACUUCCCGUUUUAGAAAAUGUGUCUUACAUCAAACAACAAGCUGGAGCUUCUCCAUCUUCACUGCCAUCUCAUACAUCAGGCCAUCAAAAACUGGAGAAAGACCAGACAGUAUCUCAUGGAACUAGUACCCCUGGGCACACCUCCUCACCUCCUCAUCCUUCUACUUUAUACAGAACACAGUCUCCACAUGGUUAUCCUAAAAGUCACUCUGCCUCACCUUCUCCUGUCAGUAUGGGUAGAUCUCUUACCCCCUUAAGCCUCAAAAGACCUCCACCUUAUGACUCUGUACAUUCAGGAAGUCUCUCAAGAAGCUCUCCAUCAGUGCCUCAUUCUACAGCCAGAAACACAUUGCAAGAAGGAGGAAAGAUGGUAAAUGCCUCAGUCAGUACCUACGGGUCAUCAUCUCAGAGUGGUUCCCGUUCUCGGACACCCACCAGUCCUCUGGAGGAGCUAACCAGCCUCUUUACCUCAGGACGAAGCCUCCUGAGGAAAUCCUCCAGUGGCAGAAGAUCUAAGGAACCUGCAGAAAAACCACUAGAUGAGCUGAAGAUCAGAAGUCACAGCACUGAACCACUACCAAAGCUGGAAAACAAAGAGAGGGGAGGCCAUCAUGGGACAGCUUCCUCUAGGGAGCCAGGGAAAGCUCAGGAAUGGGAUGGAACGCCAGGCCCACCUGUAGUGUCCAGCAGGCUUGGGAGAUCCUCUGUCAGCCCAACCAUGUUGGCUGGAAGCAACAGCUCAGAGCCGAAAGCAAGUUGCAGAUUAGGUCGAUCUGCAUCCACAUCAGGUGUACCUCCUCCAUCCGUUACUCCGCUCAGGCAAGCCAGUGAUCUUCAGCAGAGCCAGGUGACGUGUAUGCAGUGGUUGCAAGGGGACCAUACAAUGCUGGAUAUGAUUGAGAAAAAACGUUGCCUCUGCAAAGAAAUUAAAGCUCGACAGAAAUCAGAAAAAGGACUCUGCAAACAGGACAGCAUGCCUAUUUUGCCGAGUUGGAAAAAGAAUACUGGGACCAAGAAAUACAGCCCACCUCCUUAUUCCAAACAACAAACUGUUUUCUGGGACACUGCAAUUUGACAGGCGUGUGGAGGAUGUGUGCUCCACUGUGUUGCACCAUGCACAGGUAGCCUGCUUUCUUAAUAAGGCAAAGGCUCUAACCUAAGACUUACCUGCAGGUGGUGAACUUCCUAGGAAAAGCACCGAUACAGUGCUCACCUGUCAAUCAAGAGAGAGAUUUAAGUUUCCAACUGGAUUAAGGCAUACAUAUUUAUCCGGGAUUUUUUUGGAUCCAGAUUAUAUCAAAAUGUAAAUAUUUCACCAAUAUAUUGAAACCACACAAACUGAUACACUGUUUAAAUAUAUAUAUAAAUUCAAAAAUUUAUGAAGAAUUUUACUAUAUAAUGUUACUGUUAUACUGUUUUAUUACCUAUUUUCUAUGUGGUAUUCUAAUGUCCUCCCCUCUUCUGCUGCCACCAUUUUAUUUCUCUUACCUGCCUAGAUUUGGCCUCUGUCUGUACAAAAGCAUGUGGUUGUGUGUUUUGUUGAACAGGGCAAUGUACAAAACAACUGGGUGCUAGGGCUGUAGAAGUUACCUAGAGUCGUACUUGUUAGAUGUCCUUAGCUUUAGGGGGGGAGGGCUGGACAAAGGAGAGAGUUUUGGUGGGAAACAGCAAAACUGCAAACAAUGCAAAUAAAAGUGCUUAAUGUGGAUGGCCAAGUUGCAUUUAAAAUACUAAUUAUUCUGCAUCAGUUUUCCCAUAAAAUUAAUCUGAUAAAUUGCCCCUGGCUUUAUGUGAAUCAGUUACUAAAAUUAUUUGGCCAAGAAAUGAAAUUUUCUGCAGAAAAGCCUGCAACAUAAACUCUUCCUUCGUUGUAUUCAGCUGACUAGCAGAGACCAUGGUUCACUGUGACUAAGCAUCAUACAGCCCGUGACGGAGAGACCCAGUCGCUUGGCAGGUUAAGGCAGUGGCACUGCAGCCACGGUUCCUGUGCACAUUUGUCUUUGGUCCAGAAAAUAAAGGCGACAAUAUCUGUUUACAUAUGUAUCAUUUUCAAAUCCAGCAACACAUCCUUACUUUAAGCUGUGUCAGAUUUCCUUAUAUUAUUUAUAAAGGCUGGAAUUCAGACCCCUUGAAAGCCAGUAGGGAAAUCCCUCUUGAUUUCAUGUGGUUUUGAAGCAGAGGCCCAUGUAACACGUUCUCCCGGUUAUGCCAUUUCUUCUUUCUGGCUGCUUCUGUAAUUGGCUUGCAAUCCUGUAUUAUGUUACACCCAUUUUAACAGAAUAUUAUGUCAUGACCAAAGAAUUAUGACCUCCUGGUUUUAACGGGAGAAAGAGAUGGCUUAUACUGAUUAUGAGGGUGAAAUCCAAGUGGUGAAAUAUCUUCUAAAAGGAUCUGUUGAGAAUGAGGAAAACUUGAACUUCUGUGGAGUAGGAGAAAACAAAUCUAUGGCAUAUAUUUUGUAUAUUUAAAUUUUUAUCUAUGUGUCUGAAGUUUGGUAGCACAAAAGUCCCUCUUUAAACAAUCAUAUUAGUAUUAUAUUCGCUGAGAAGAAAAGGUGUGUUGUUUGAAACUUCUUGUUAUAUUGGCUUUUCUUUGAAAUUAUAUUGACAGCAUUGCCACAGCUGUAUUUGCUGAUCAAAAAAAAACCAAAAAUAACAAAUUUUAGAAGGUUUUUGUAAUCUAUAUUGCUAAAGUUUGAGUUUGAGUAAUGUGUUAUCAGUAGUAGUUUCUUUUCAGCCUCUGAAAUAAAUUUUUUAAAUAUUUUAUAAGUAAUUAACUAAUGUAUAUUUUGAUGUCCAAACUGAGAUUUCUG